AUUGUUGGGAUUUAUUAUUGAAAGGCACGUCAGCCUUAACGGCAUAUGGUGACGUCCGCUAUUCGAAACCCAAGAUCUCUGUGGAGGAGUUAUCAACACUUUUUUUAAGGCGGUCAGUUAAGUGUAUAUCUCAUUUCCCUCUGUUAGAAUGUCAGUUGACGGAAUAAACUGUUUUGAUUUUUAACACGCAAUUGUGACUAGUUCGCUUAAAUACUGUAGUCCGCCUGGCGAGUUAUAUUAGGCUACCUUACCAGCUAUAGCUGUAAAACCAGCAAAUCUGAUAUAGCCAUCCAAUUACAAAUCGCUAAAACGGGUUUGUCCUCCUAGUAUAUUGGCUAAUCAGCUCGCUCGCUAGCUAGCUUGCUAACAACAAAUACCGAGUUAUUCAAGAGCUCGAUGACUGGGAGAACAUUCAAGCCAGCACAGAGGAGCAAAUGUCAAGGGAUACAGUCGAGACGUCUUUCUAACCGUACUUCCGAACACAUUGUUGCUUCAACUAAGCACUAGAUACAUUUGAAUAUAAUAGCACUACAUACUAUUUGUACAGACAAAAAAGUUAGUUGAUCAGUCGUCUACUGGUUUAUAGGGUUCCUCAUGUGAAAAGAAAGGUUUAUCCCAACAUCCAGGACUGGCCGACCAACUUCAAAAAGGUCCCUCUCUGCAAACGGACAACGUGGAAAUUAGUUCCUCCCCCCUCUCCCCCCUUUUUAUUUUUAGCUCGUAGAAAGAAAACAGAUAUAUAUCGAAAGAGGUGCACACACCAAACCUGCGGAGCCCGUUCAGGAGACUUCAUUCUGGAUCACAUCAAGACGAGGACAGACUCACUGGGAUGUGCAGUGUCUCUGUCUGCCCACCAUGAGGUCCCUCACGCCUCUGCCCAUGACCACCCAGUGAGGGUGAGCUGGCAGUCUGCCUCCCUCUGACCAUGCUGGCUCUGGGGCAGGAGCAGGACAGCCUGGCUGGAAGAAGAGCUGGCGAAGGGGGGCAGGCCCGGGCUACUGUGGCCUGGCACAGUCCUUCUCCUGGAAGGCCCCUCGCCCAGGACCCAGGCAUCAACAUCAGGCAGAAGAUAUCCCAGUGGGAAGGCCGAAGCCAGGAGAGCAAGGAGAGGGGGAAGUCCCACGCGCCUCUGGUGACCAGGACUCUGUCCGGAGAUGUCUUGGGAAACGGAGUGUGUGGGGAGCGCUGGAGAGGAGGUGGAUCUCAAGGAAAAUCUAACCUCUCUAAAGCUAAAAGCCUGGGUUUGGAUUUCAGGGAAACGCAGGCGCAGGUUGGACACACGGGGCCAGCCAGGAAGUCUGAGCCCUCACCCAACCUUUGCGGCAAGAUCACGACCCAGAGUCUUGCUGUUGGGGUUUCAACCCCAGGUCAUUCCAACAAGCUUUCCACCCCACUCAUGGAUUCCAAGCCCUUCACAGUUUCCCUACAAACUCGUGCAGUCAGAGACUCACUCACAGACUCUAACACUACCAGCAGUCCGGUGAAGCGAAUCAUCACGACAAACGGAGAGCUCAAGGUCGGCUGCGUCUUGGAUGUCGAAGUAGAGAAGCUCUUGCGUCCGUCGGCAGAGGACCACGAGGAGAACAUGCCUCCCGGGAACUUCUACACCUGCCGAGGAUUCUGGCGGAGGAUGGAGGGAGACAGGUUGUUCUGGGAGAAGGGCAGAACUGCCUCGUCCCAACCGCCUCUACUGCCUCUACCGCCUCCUAAACCACAGCGGACCUAUAAGUAUCAGGGAACGGACAACACUACUGGUGCCAACUGGGUCCAAUGGGAUUCCAAGACCUCGCCUCCUAUGGACCAAUCAGACACCAGGAACGGUGCCUUAGCCCAACCUCCUAGUUUCCCACCCCCUCCAUGCCCGGUCACCAAUGGCAACGGAUUCUCCAGACACAAAAGGAACAGGAAGUCUUUUGAGUACGAGGAUGUGGUGCGGUUGGUAUCGCAGCCGGUCACCCUAGGGAGCGAGGCCCGGCGAUCUGAACUCUACCACGCCUACUCUGACGACAACAUUUACGAGGACAUUAUCUGUGACUCCUACGAGGACGUGAAGCUGUCGCCCAUGUGUCUGCCCCUCGGACGAGCCCGACCCCGGACGGUGUCUCAGAGACAGAGCCUUCACAUUCCCAAGCUUCCUCCUAAGCCCAAGACCUUGCGGGGCUACACAGACAAGGCGGAGAGGAGAGCGUCACACUCGGUGAUGUCACACUCGGUGAUGUCACACUCGGUGAUGUCACCCAGCCCUACGUGCCAGACAGAUGUCUCCAGACCAGUCCCAGCCAAGCGCCCCACCACCCACAAAACAUACAGACUGCCUCAGUACGUCAACAAGAUUCAUAUGAUCUUCGACGCCAAGAGAGGGAGGAAGAGGGUGAAGAGUCAGGGAGGAAUUGCCCGAGAUGACAACAGUGGAACAGAGAGCGAUCCAGAGGACAGCAGCAAAGCAGGGUCCAGGCGCUCGGUCUACGUCCAGUCCACCCUGAAGCGGCGGCCGGGCUACCGCACCCUGGAGAGAGACCUGAUCAGGCUCCAGCAGCAGCAGCUCUUCCAGCACUUUGUGGUCGUCUCUCUCCGGAAGAGUCCGCCAGGAAACACAUAUUCUCCUGAGAUUACUCAGCAGUUUCCCAACAAGUUUGAGAAGUCAUCUCGUCACUCGAGGCAGGCGGAGGACAGGCUAAAGGCCAUCCCCAAGUUCUGCUUCCCAGAUGCCCGAGACUGGUGUCCUUCUGCAGACAUGCCCAGUGAAACCUUCUCCUUUGUCCUGACUGGAGAAGAUGGCAGCCGGUGGUUUUGUUAUUGUCGUAAGAUUCUGCCCAGUGGAAAGGGGAAGAGGCUGCCUGAGGUUCACUGCAUCGUCAGCAGACUUGGCUGUUUCAACCUGUUUGCAAAGAUCCUGGAGGAGGUGGAGAGGAGGAGGGAGAUCUCUCCUCCGCUCGUGUGUUCCUUCAUGAGGAGCGUCAUGGAGGCUCCUUUCCCCGCCCCCGGACGCACCAUCACAGUCAAGAGCUUCCUGCCCGGCUCCGGGAAUGAGGUUCUGACAUUGUGCCGCCCAGUGGACUCGCGGCUGGAGCAUGUGGACUUUGACACCCUGCUGCAGUGCCUGAGUGUGGGUCGACUGCUGCAGGUGUUUGCCUCUCUGCUGCUGGAGAGAAGGGUCAUCUUCAUCGCAGACAAGCUCAGCGUGCUGUCUCGCUGCAGCCAUGCCAUCCUGGCUCUGCUCUACCCCUUCACCUGGCAGCACACCUUCGUGCCCGUGCUGCCCGCCAGCAUGCUGGACAUCAGCUGCUCUCCCACUCCCUUCCUCAUGGGGGCGCUGGGGCCCUGCCUGCCCCAGCUGCUGGAGCUGCCCAUCGAGGAGGUGCUUAUUGUGGAUUUGUGCGCGGACAAGUUUGUCGUUCAGCUGAACGACGAGGACUGCAUCCUGCCCAGCAAGCUCCAGGCUGCCCUGCAGCAGAUCCUAGAGGAGAGAGAGCACAUACUGAGGCAGGAGGAGGGAGACCCACCAGGAGGCCAGCGAUGCGAUCUGAGCUCUCUCAUGUCGGAAGCCUUCGUGCGCUUCUUCGUGGAACUGGUGGGGCACUACUCCCUCCACAUGAGCAAGCCCAGCGCCCCCAGUGGCAGCCCCAGGGAACUGCAGCGGGAGAGCUUCCGUAAGUCCCACCCGUCUCGGGGCGUCCGGCAGUUCCUGCAGCUCUUCAUGGACACACAGAUGUUUGCUGGCUUUAUUCACGACAGGGAGCUGCGCAAGGAAGAGGGCAAAGGGCUCUUUGAAGUGAGAGCUGCUGAAUAUCUGGGAUCAAACCCUGAGCCAGAACCCAGCGGGGUGAACAAAUUCCUCAAAGGACUUGGGAGCAAGAUAAAGUUCUUGCAGAUGAAGUGAGAGGUGGUUUCAGUGUGGCUGAGGUCACAUUCGUACAAAAAGAUAAUGCAAGACUUGAUGAGAAACACGAUGACAAAUGGUGUCCUGGACGUACUUCUGCAUCGCUUGCCUGAAUGUAGUUGUAUGGCUGUGAGCUGCCGUGAAAGUUGUACUAUCGGGUUUCAGUUGAAAGACGAUUGGUCUCUUCCAGCCUGCCUAGAAACACCUUAAACUGGAGGGCAGUGCAAUUGGAACUGGAUGAAUACUGGAAAUUGGUAUUUUUGUUUUAAAUACGGUUUGGUGAAAACCGAAGAGACACAAGAGGGUUUCCAAGGAGUGUGGGGGGAUUAGCACUAUGUCCUUGUGGGAAUUUACAAAGAAACGGACGUUUCAGCUAGAAAUCUUCUAAUUAACUUAACAAGAUGUUAUGCUGUCGUAACUAACCAUGGCUCUAACUUUCAUUUUUUUAUAAAAAGUAUUAAGGUGUUUGUGCAAAAGUGUUAUUUCUCUUUUCUUAUAUUUUUUAAAUUGUUUAUUUUAUUCAAUGCAGCGACUCAGCACUCUGAUACAGAUCUGAUGUAGUCUAUACUUUGUGAUGUGUCUGAAUGUCACUUUAACUAUUGUUAAUAUUAAAUAUUUAAUGUCUAGAGAAAUAAAAAUGUUAUACUGUCCCAGGCGAAGGCAUGCUGAGAUAAUAUCCAACUAAACAUGUGUCAUUUCAUAUACUUGGAUAUUUUCUUGUUUUCCUGUAAGGACUUGUUUACAAAGCCUAUGUUUGCUUGUGUGCUUGAUUGCAAAGCUACUUUUGCAUACGUUCAUCUUGAUCUUAGUGUGUUUUGAUCCAGCAAGACUAAGUACUCUAGAGGUGCUGGUAGAGUAGAUGGAUGUAUGUGAUCAGCACAGCUAAACCUCAAAUAUUACAGAUUUAUAACAUUUCAAUGCUAUAAGAACAUUAUUCUUUUUGCCCUAAAAAUCUGUUCUCAGUCAUGUGAAAUAUGAAAUGGGAGCUAGAAUCUGAUCACAUCUCCUUUAUUAGUUACUACAAUUGUACAUACCUUCUUUUUUUUUUUUUACCUUGUAUCAACUGGCAAAGUUACAGACUUUUGUACAGCAUUCUGUAUAUAUAUUUUUUAAGCAUAAAAUGUCUACUUUGCCCUCUAA